GCAGACGUCUCCCACCACUUCCUUGUCGUAGAAAGUCACAGCACCAACAGGUGCUGCUGGCUGGGAUCACACAGAGAUUUUAUACACAGACAAACGUUUACCGUGAUGUCCCAGAAGCAGACAUCACAGACGACUUUCUUGAGGACGCUGAAAACAAGCUGAGUUUAAUGAACAAUUUUCAUUGGUGCUUAACAGGGCAAAGGAGGUGUGGCAGCAUUUAACACAGCAAGAUGGGGAAACUUCAGUGGUAGCAUUUUAAUAAAGACAAAUAUUAGUACUGUAGACUGUAUCAAAAUGCAACAACAUGCGAAAUGUAUUGCAGAUGGCACAUAAUAAAGGUGCAACAAUGUAAUGUAAUCCAAUUGUCUUGCUGCCAGUCAUAUUAUGAAGCGCCUGAGACGCAUUAAUAGUGUUACAAAACUAAAAAUUGAAAAACGUUUUCCUUCAGGGAGAGAGGCCUGGAAACACUGAGGCUAGGUGUGAGCAAAAACUUACUGCAAGAACUGAAAGAGAGCAAAUUAGAGUACAUGCUGCGCUGUACUUGUAACUUCAUUCAUGAAUACAUCUGUAUUUACUGCAGCUAAGCCUCCUUUCAAAACACUUGCUGCCCUUUAUUAGAGCCGUCAUGUGUUUAUUCAGCGCAGAUGCCAGCUGUAGUAGGGUUUAAUCCUAAUCCACUUGCAUCUUGUUUUGUUUAAGCGAUCGCAGGAGCCUGUCUGAGACACUUGCUGGUGUGUUGUUGUGAUGGCUGGGGUGCUGUAGCUGUGGAGAGAGGACUGCAGUUUCCCAUGCUGCUACACAAGGAAAACAAAAUAGUCAUAAAGUUAUAACCUAUACUUUUUUCCUUUUCCUUUUUAUAAGGUGUAAGAGAGGAGGUAAUGAACGGAAGGGGACGUGGCCAGUGACAGCAGCAAAGAGGUCAUGGGCUGUGGCCUGAGAAAAUCAGAAGUACAGCAGAAGAAAUGUGACAGAGUGAGCAUCUCAGUCCCAGCUGCCACUGCAAUCAGAGCGGCUUUAUUGAUUCAGCGCUGGUAUCGGCAGUAUGUUGCCCGGCUGGAGAUCAGACGCAGGUGCACGUGGAACAUCUUCCAGUCUAUUGAAUAUGCAGGACAACAAGAUCAGAUCAAGCUGUACAAUUUUUUUGGCUUCUUGAUGGACCACUUCACCCCAGCCAGCAGUGAAAGAAAUCUAAUUUCUCACAUCUUUCGUGAGAACGAAAUCUGCCGUGAUGCAGAAUGGGAAAGAUAUUUUUGCUACAAGAGUAUAGAUGUACCUGACAGCUACACGGGGCCCCACCUGACCUUCCCCAUGACGUUCUGCGGAGUGUCAAAGCUUGUGGAGGCUUUUAAGCACAAGCAACAGCUCCAUGCACGAUAUGUUCUGCAGAUUCUUGGGGAGACUUGGAGACUUCUAAGAAUUCUUCCAAACAUCAGUCAUCUCUCCUCCUGUCACACCAAGGAGAUUACUAUAUGUGGAGACCUCCAUGGGCAGCUAGAAGAUCUGCUAUUGAUAUUCUAUAAAAAUGGUUUGCCAUCUCCUGAGAAACCGUAUGUGUUCAAUGGGGACUUUGUGGAUCGUGGCAAAAACUCCUUGGAGAUUCUGCUCAUCCUGUUUGGGUUCCUGCUACUCUACCCCAAUGAUGUUCAUUUAAACAGAGGGAACCAUGAGGACCACAUUGUUAACCUAAGAUAUGGCUUUACUAAAGAGGUUUUGGGAAAAUAUAGGGUGCACGGCAAGAAGAUCCUGAAGCUUCUCCAAAAGAUCUUCAGCUGGCUACCUCUGGCUACUGUGAUUGAUCACAAGGUGCUGAUUGUGCAUGGAGGGAUCUCUGACACAACAGACCUGAACGUAAUAGCCAGAGUGGACAGACACAAAUAUGUGUCAGCCCUCAGACCUCCAAAGAUGACUAAACUAGCAGUGAACGGCAGCAACAGCCAGACGAUGAACAGCAGGAACGGAGACGCCGGCGUUCCAGUGGACUUUCGACGUCGGGUGCGAUCUCUGACUCACCACAGCUCAACCCCAUCUCAAGGCCCCCCACGACGUUCACUACAUAACCUGCACAUCAGCCAUCAGCAAAUGAACUGGUCCGUGGAUGACGAGCUGAAGAAAAGACGUAGGUUGGCUGGGUUUGACCAGUCAUAUGGAGAAAGGAAGAAGCCAGACUCUGACUCAGACCCAGAGUGUGAAGAAGGAAUAGAGACCUACGAGCAUGAGUGGGAACAAAUGGUAGACCUGUUGUGGAGUGAUCCUAUGCCCCAAAAUGGCUGCAUUCCCAAUGAAGUGAGAGGUGGAGGCUGCUACUGGGGCCCAGAUGUCACAGAGGAGGUUCUCGGAAGACACAACCUGCAGCUCCUCAUCCGCUCCCAUGAAUGCAAACAGGAUGGCUAUGAGUUCUGCCACAACCGCAGGGUACUAACAAUUUUUUCGGCUUCAAAUUACUAUGAGGUGGGCAGCAAUAGAGGAGCCUAUAUAAGAAUGGGAGCUGAUCUGGUCCCUCACUUCGUUCAGUAUCAGGCCAGCAGGACUUGCAGAGAGCUCACACUGAGACAAAGUGUUGGCUGGACAGAGAGAUCAGCUCUACAAGCUCUGAGGCGACAGCUGUUCGUACACAAGUCAGAUCUCAUCAGUGCCUUCCGAGAGUUUGAUCCCAACAACACAGGGAUAAUCUCUCCAAGUCACUGGGCAAGUGCCACAGAGAGCGUGCUGAAGCUGGGUUUGCCUUGGAGAGUGCUGCGCCCACAGCUUGUAAGCAGCACCAAGAAUGGCAUGGUGGACUAUCAGGAGUGGAUAAGGGAGCUCUCCAUCACUGAGCCCAAACUAGAGAUAUCAGAUACCAGCCUACUGGAGACGAUGUACAAAAACCACUCCAACUUGGAAACUAUCUUUCGAAUCAUAGACACAGAUCACUCAGGUUUGAUCUCUUACGAGGAAUUUCGUCAAACCUGGAAACUCCUGAGCUCUCAUCUCAAGACAGAGAUCAGUGAUGAUGUCAUUGCAAACCUGGCCCAGAGCAUCGAUUUUAACAAGGACGGAAGCAUCGAUAUUAAUGAGUUCAUGGAGGCUUUCCGUCUGGUGGACCUCUCUGCACAUUCCUGAGAGGCGGGACCGGGAGCUGUAGCUGCACCAGCUGAAAUGACCCGGAUGAUGCACAGAGAACGUCAAGGACUGUGUUUACUUUUUACCUGGAUGCACAAUCAUGAAAAGUUUAAUAGUUGUAGUACUAGUAGUAUUUUACAUCAUGAACUAAAAAGAUUAUUUUUGCAUUGCAACAUAGAUCUUUUUGACCACUUUUUUAAGAACUUUCUAUAUAUGUAUUUUUAAAGUUUUUAUCUAACUGAAAGUUCACCUGUUUAGUUGGUGAAUAAAAACAUCAAACACGUGCAAUACUGGCUUGUCUAUUUGUACUCCGUGUACUAUUAACAUCUUUGGAGCAGAUACUGUUACAGAUACACAUCAUAGUUGAUUCACAGUUCCUUGAGACUACUACAGGAGAGGGAAAAAUGGUAACACUUUUUAAUACAGCUGGUGAAUAAGGGCGUGACUCCCCUGUAAUUAAGUUUAAUUUCAAUGUAUUUUACUACCAACUGAUUAAAGACAUAAUUUCCCCAUAAUUAAAUGUACUUCACAAUGCACUGUACAAUAUAUUUGUUACUAAUUAAAACAUGAGUUAUUACUCCCUUUUUCUAGUGUACAUACAUUUAAGUAUUUGUAGGUAAAUACAUUUUAAUUGCAAUUUCAAAUAAAAUACACUGAAACUUCAUUUAAUUAUUGGGGAAUUAUGCCUUUAGUCACAGGCUUUAUUAUAAAGUGUUAAUGGAUAAACAGAUACAGUAUGAUGUCUUUCGUGGUUCCAUAGUGAGCUGUAUGAGUGGGUGUAGGAGGGCAUACUGCAGGAAAUUCCACAGUGAUAAGCAGAUGCAGCCCACAGAUGUGUCAUAAUUUUCUUGACCUCAGUUUCUGUUAGUGAUAACAGCUGUGAUACACUAUACAGAUGCAGGCUCUUUGCCAGGUACUGAAGUAGAAGUUAGAUGUGGGGAUGUAAUCUGCAUGAAAGCUGCUUAAUUGCACUUCUUAAUCUUUGAAUUCAGGUGGUUUUUUUUUUAAGUCUCAUUGCUACAAGUGUAAAUGCUACCAUCCCUCUAUGCACUCAAUAACUGCACAAUUUUAAACCUCCUCUUGGAUUAACAUCAGUAUAAAAGCUGUAUGCUACUUCUUGGAGAUGUAAGACUAGCAUGCAGCUGCUUAGCAAUGGAAGGACUAAGGUAUGACUAUGCUUCAGUGCACAAAAUAAGGUCCAUAAAGGCCUGGUUUGAUAAAUUAGAUAUGAAAGAAUUUGACUGGUCCACAUAGAUCUUUGACCUCAAACCCCACUGAACACCUUUGGGAGAAAGUAGAACGGAGACUGCAAUCCAAGCACUCUUAUCCAAGCACUCUUAUCUCUUAUCAGUGUCCGGCCUCACAAAUGUUCUUCUGGGUGAAAAUCUUGCAAAAAGAAUUCCCAGAAGAAUGGGAAUGGUUUUCAUAGCAAUGGUGGGGAACUCCAUUUAGAAUGGGAUAUCAUAAAAAGCUCCUGUGGCUGUUAUGUGUAAUGUGUAGGUGGCUCACAUAGUUUUGGCAACGUAGUGUAUGUGGACUUUUUCCCAAAAAUAUUUACAGGCAGAGGAACAGAUAAUGACAAAUAAUGGGUAUUAAAUAUUUACAAUAAGAAGAAAGUAAAGAGGCAAAGGCUGCCAGGUCUGGAGAAUUCAGAUGUUUGGCUCUUUGCCAGCUACUGAAGUAGAAGUUAGAUGAGGGGAUGUAAUCUGCAUGAAAGCUGCCUAAUAAGUUCAACUGCCAAUCAGUCUUUCAUCUCGGCAGGGAUGUGAAUCCGAGACAUAAAUCCUAUCAACUCAAGCCCUGCUUUGAUGAGAUGUUGGAAAGGGCUGGCCUGAAGAGCUAUAGAAGGACCGUCAGGUGUUUCUAUAUUUGCACCAAAACAAUGAAAAUGCUCAAAUCACAAAAUAGGUGGACUUACAAGAAUAAAUUAAAUAGAUUAAUAGGGAAACUAGCCAUUGUUUAAAGUAUGUGUGUAAGAGAUGCAAGUUCACUGUGCUUUAAUUUUUCCAAUAAAUGAAAUUUAUUAACAUUCUAGGAGAAUAAAAAAAGAAAAAAGAAAUACAAACAUGUAUUUACAAUGUCUUCACUGGUGACAUACACAACUUGUUUACAUGCCAGUCACAUUUGUAGUCUUAUAAUUAUAAUCUGAUUUGACAUAAGGGAUCCCAGCUA